AUGAUGGUCCAAGACGAGGCCCUUUUGGUUUUGGUAGCAGCAGUGGUGGUGGAGGCGGCAGCAUGGGACGUUCUUCGUGGAAAUCUGGAGAUUGGAUUUGCUCGAGGCCAGGCUGCAAUGAACACAACUUCGCAAGCAGGUCAGAAUGUUUCAGGUGCAACGCCCCAAAGGAACCGGCCACUAAUUCACCCUACUAGUCCUAACUUUCUUCAUCAUCUUCAAGAAAAUGGUCGCGUUAGAAGAGAUAAAACUAGUGAAGAACCGAAGCAAGAUAACGACCAUUUGAGUCGUGAUUUUUUUUCUUUUUGUUUAUUUGUCUCGUUUCAUAUCUCGUAG